CUAGUCUGUCUUACUCGGCCAGUUAAUUGUGCUAUAGAUCAGUAAAUUCCGCCUAGUCAUGACGAGCGUAUAAAAGACGAAAAUUCAAAGCGUAUUGUCAGUAUUUUACUUGUAAAUUAGGAGGAAAAACGCUGUUAAUAAUGAUCCUUGCAGUGAAAUUAGAUAAGACAAAAAUAACGAAGAAUAAACAAUUAACGUUGUCUUCGAAUAGAUCAAUUAUUAUAAUAACAAUUGGAUUUGCAUUAUUGAAUGCGAGCAGAGCUUCUCCACUGGCUUCAAAAAUACAAGUUUGUAAAACAGAAGGAUGUAUGGAAGCAGCCCAGCAAAUAUUGAAAAAUAUGGAUAAGACUAUUAAUCCCUGUGACGAUUUUUAUAAAUUUGCUUGCGGGACAUUCAUAAAGGAAGCAGUUAUUCCAGAAGAUCAGACAAGUAUUUCUCGAUUUACCAAAAUAAUUAAUAAAAUUCAAGAUGAACUAAAGCAAAGUUUAGAGCAGAAAUUAGAAAAGGAUGAUCCUAAAACUUUUAAAUUGCUACAAUCUUACUAUAAUAUUUGUCUGGAUACUGAAAAAUUAGAAACAUCAAGUAUUCAAGAACUGAAAAAAAUUUUAAUUAACCUUGGAAAUUGGCCAGUAGUGGCUGGGAAGUCUUGGAAUGAUCAGUCGAAUUUCGAUUGGAAGAAACUAAUCUACAAGUUGCGAAAAAUAGGCUUCACAAACUCUAUCAAAUCGAUUGUAAAAUUCGAUAUUGAUAUCGACGAGAAACGUACUAAUAAAAAUAUUUUAUUUUUGGAUCAAGCUGCGACAGGAAUCAAUCAAAAUUACCUGUCGAAGGGCUUAAAAGAAAAAGUAGUUCAAUCUUACUACAAAUACAUGAUUGAGCUUGCAAAAAUAUUUGGGGCAGAUGAAAAACAAGCAGAAAAAGAAUUGGCCGAAUCUUUAAACUUUGAAAUUAAACUUGCAAAGAUUUCUUUGUCAGCAGAAGAUCGUAGAAAUAUGUCGGUAAUGUAUAAUCUUAGAACGCUAAAGCAACUUCAAUCUGACUACUCAUAUAUUCCAUGGAGCGAAUACUUAAAUGAAUUAGCAUCGCCACAAUUUCAUAUCGAACUCACAGACGAAGUAAUCGUUAAAGACCUCGGUUUUCUGGAAUCUCUAUCGCAACUAAUUUCGAAUACUCCCAAACGUGUUUUGGCCAAUUAUCUAUUCUGGAGAGUUGUCGAAGAAUCGGCAGAUUACAUGAACGACCAUGUUCGAAAAGUCAAAGCUAAAUUUGAAGUUUCCCUUACAGGCAAAAAUAAACAACAGUCACGGGAUGUAGAAUGUAUUACUUACGUAUUAAAUAACAUACCUGUGGCAAGUGGAGCAAUGUACGUGAGGAAACAUUUUGAUGAAAAAUCCAUAACUGGUGUUAAAAGGAUAGUAAAUGACGUACGCGACAGUUUUGCAAUUAUGCUGAAAAAGGUGGACUGGAUGGAUGAAGAAACAAAAACAGCUGCUGAAAAAAAACUCAACUCUGUCCAAACUUACGUCGGUUUCCCAGACGAAUUUUUAGACAACGAAAAGCUCGACAAACAUUUCGAAAGUCUGAAUACUGAUGCGGAUAGUUACUUGAAAAGCCAUUUGAAUUUAAAUUUGUUUAACUUGGCUUAUAAAUUGGAACAGCUUAAAAACCCUGUUAACAAAUCGAACUGGAUUUUUCACAGCCAUUCAGCAACAAUUAAUGCAUUCUAUGGACCUGUAGAAAAUAGCGUUGAAAUCUCAGCGGGAAUUUUACAAGGAGAAUUCUUUACGAGCACUAAACCCGCAUACAUGAAUUAUGGGUCCAUUGGUUGGAUCAUAGGCCACGAAUUCACGCAUGGAUUUGACGAUCAAGGUAGCCAGUACGAUAAAGAUGGUAAUUUGGCCAAUUGGUGGAAUGUCGAAACGCAAAAAGAAUAUUCGAAGCGGGCUCAGUGCAUCAUUGAUCAAUACAGCAAUUACACGAUCGAAGAAGUGGGUUUGAUUACAAACGGUAAAAUUACGCAAGGUGAAAACAUUGCUGACAACGGUGGCAUUAAGGAAGCGUACCUCGCUUACACAAAUUUCGAAAGGCAGAAUGGAGAAGAACCUCGUUUACCAGGACUUCCAUACUCGCCCCGACAAAUGUUCUGGCUAAGCGCUGCUAAUAUGUGGUGCUAUAAAUUACGCCCAGAGCUUGUGAAAAAUCUUCUCUUUACUAGUGUACACAGUCCUGGCCAAUUUCGCAUAACGGGAUCUUUCUCCAAUAUACCUGAAUUCUCUGAAGACUUUCAUUGUCCUGUGGGAUCCGCCAUGAAUCCUGUCAACAAAUGUAUAAUGUGGUAAAAUUAGUCAUCCUCCACAUAUACAUAUUUUCAUUUGUCAUUAGAGUUUGAAUCUAAAUUAGCUAUAAUUUGUAAGUUAUAACAAAACUGUUUUUUAGUUUUAUAUUGAAUUGAUAAGAUAAAAUAUAUGUAGGU